AUGUCUGUUAUUGUGACCGGCGGAGCUGGCUUUAUCGGGUCCCACCUGGUGGAAUACCUAUUGGAAGAAAACAAGAAGGUAGUGGUCAUUGAUUCACUAUGGACGGGCUCGUUAGAGAACAUUGACAUGUUCUUUAAAAACUCAAACUUUCGCUUUAUCAAAGCCGAUGUAAGAGAGAUGAGACAUUCGAUUCCGGAAGUCGGAACGAUCUUGGAAAUUUAUCACCUCGCUUGUCCUGCUAGCCCUGACUAUUUCGGUUCAAAUCCAGUGGACAUUCUGGAGACCUGCUUCACUGGAACCAAGAACAUGCUUGACAUGGCGGUGACCAACAACGCGAAGAUCCUGAUUGCCAGCACCUCCGAAAUCUACGGAGACCCCAAGGUGAUUCCACAAGGCGAAACAUACUGGGGCAACACCAAUUCAUUUGGACCCCGAUCGUGUUAUGACGAAGGAAAGCGCAUCACCGAAGCUUUGGCAUACGGUUAUCAGCGGAAGUAUGGCCUUCAGGUUAGAAUUGCCCGCAUAUUCAAUGCGUACGGACCAUCUAUGAAGAUGACAGACGGGCGUGCCGUGCCAAACUUCAUUGCAGCGGCCAUGCAGGCUGAGCCAAUCCACAUAUAUGGUGAUGGAAGUGCGACCCGAUGCUUCCAGUUUGUCUCAGAUUGCGUACGAGGACUUGUAGCUCUCAUGAAGAGCGACUAUUCGAACCCAGUCAAUAUUGGCAGCGACGUCGAGACCAGCAUCAACGACAUAGCGAAGUUGGUUACAGAGUUGGUGGCGCAGAAGUUGAAAAGUCCUACCAGACUCCCCAUAAAGUAUCUGCCCAAGAGGGAGGAUGACCCUUACAGGAGGAAGCCUGAUAUAAGUCUGGCUAAGAAAGAACUUGAUUGGAAGCCAAUGGUGGAACUACACGCUGGUCUUGAUAUCACAGUCGAAUGGUUUUUGCUGGACAAGGUGGCACAUCAUUAG